UCAGUCCUGCCGCAUGCGUCAUCAGCCAGCCUGUGAAGAUCCAGUUAAAAGGCUUUGAAGCCUCGGGGUAGAUUUGUUGAGAGGAUUCCCCUCUGCCGUCCCGCAAUGGAGGCCAUGGAGACGGACAUGGAUCUGGAUCUGGUGCAGAAAUUCAGCUGCAUGGGCACGACGGACAAGGACAUUUUAAUCACCGAGUUUCAGAGGCUGCUCGGGUUUCAGCUCAAUCCCGCCGGCUGCGCCUUUUUCUUGGACAUGACGAACUGGAACCUGCAGGCUGCGAUUGGAGCUUAUUAUGACUUUGAGAGUCCCAACAUUACAGCUCCAUCAAUGUCUUUUGUGAAAGAUGUGACUAUUGGAGAAGGAGAGUCCAUUCCCCCAGAUACACCUUUUACCAAGACGUGGAGGAUACAAAACACAGGUUCAGAAUCCUGGCCACCGGGAGUGUGUCUAAAGUACAUUGGCGGGGAUCAGUUUGGCCAUGUCAACUUUGUAAUGGUACGUUCAUUGGACCCUCAGGAGAUGUAUGAUGUCAGUGUGCAGAUGCGCAGUCCUGUUGCUCCAGGAAUGUACCAGGGACAGUGGAGGAUGUGCACAGCCACGGGACUCUUCUACGGAGAUAUUAUAUGGGUGAUCCUGAGUGUGGAGGUCGGGGGGCUCCUGGGUGUGACGCAGCAACUGUCCUCCUUCCAAGCCGAGUUUAACACGCAGCCUAACCGUGACGUCCAGAAAGACUACAACCCCUUCGCUUCCCCACAAAAGAAGAAGCAGAGUGGUGACUAUGGCAACAGUCUCCCAGUUGGCGACCUUAAAGACCCAAUGCAAACAGAACAGAAUGGACUGUCGAAUACCUCUGUCACCUUGGCACCAGACAACAUGCAAAGCAACCUAUCAGUAGAUUCAUAUGAUCAGCAGCGUACUUAUGGACCAUACCCGUUUGGAGAUUCUUAAAGCAAGAUGAUCAUUCAGUAAUGAAUGAAACUGUGGCCUUGUGCUCACUCUGUCUGGAGGGGGAAGCAUAACGCAGAAUUCUUAAAGACACUUUGACGAACUGACUUCCCCUCUCGCCACCCUGGCGCCAUCAUCAUUAUAAUGACCAGGAUUUUGUUAUUUAGGGUUUUUAUACCCAGGGAUUUAAUAGCGGCCCCCCUGAGUAUGCAUGUGUGAAUGCUAAUUUAAGAGUGGUUGUAGAAUCAGUUAAGAGAGUUUUAUGAGGGGGGAAAAAACUUCCUUUUUGUUGUUUUAUUUGCCUCUUUUAAUGGGAAUUCCAGCCUUUUAAUUCAGUCAUUGAGAUGUAAACAAAGUUGUUUGGUUUGAUAUUUUUUUGUUUUUUAAACAGUUUAAUUUACUAUUUAAAACCAUCAAUGAACGCACAUGUGUCUUCUGACUUUUUUAUGUGUUUAUGCUGAUGAUGGUAAAAUAGUGAGGAAUCUGAAAAACACAAGUUUUCUUUGGGGACUAUUUUGGCACAGUGCAUGUACCACUCCACCACAAAUGGAUUUUUUUAAAAAAUGUUUUUUUUUUGGUACUACUUUACAAUAAGACUGUCCUUAUAAAGGGUUUACAAAUGGUUUAAAAGUAGCUUAAUUAGUUUGUAUAGCAUAGUUAGUUAUAUCGCUGCCCUCCACAUGGCAGACUAGGGUUCAGUUGCCCAUGCCCUAGCUGGGCAAGUACACUGUGCUGUACCACUGUGCUUGGGCAAGACGUCCAAUGCUAUAUUUGCGUACCUCUGUAUCAUGUUUACAAUUCUAAAUCACUCUGGAUAAGAGGAUCUGCCAAAUGUUGUAGAUAUUAUGCAAAUGAUGAGUGAUUGAGAAGAAAGUAGGAGGAGCAACCAGCAUGAUCUGAGGUUUAACAGUGUAGCUGAAUGUGGGCUUAUUAUUAGGCAAGCAUCAGGCCAUUUUUACAUAUGUGUUGUAAAUGCUUAUUGUGAUUUUUUUUUUUUUUUUUUUUUUUUUUUUUUUUUUUUUUUUUUUUCUUUUAUUUAAAGAGAUGUUUCUAACCUAAUUAGUAACAAUUAAUAAAAGGGAAGUCUUAUUUUAAAGUGCUACCAAAUCUCAUCUAAUAACAAUAUCUCAGGCAUGAGGUGACGUAUUUGUAACCAUUUCAUGUACUAGCUUCCUGUAAUGUCACUUUUAAAAGCAUUAAACUCUUCAGAUAUCUGGUUCCUAUCUUCACUGCUGAUAAGUUCUCUCGUCAAACCACACUGAAUGACUUUGUUUACAUCUUAAUGAGUUUUAGAGAUGUUGGUGGAAUUCCUCUUUAGUUUCCAAGCUUUCAUCAGAGACGAUGAUGAUUUGUACUAGGAUGAGGUGAACCAUUUGAUACUACGCUUACUUUAACUCGCUGGUGAUGUAAUAGCUCAGAUUCGUGGGGGUUACAGAAACCAUGCUUCACUCACUGGUAAACUGCAUUGACAAUCAGGUUAAAUAUCCAUAGUGAAUUGAAGAAAAGUUCAGUAGGAACCAUUCAUUGCUGGGUUACAAAAGGCUGGCAACUUGUUUUAGGCCGGGGAUGGGGGGGGGGGGUUCAAAGUUUGCAACUUAAAAAAAAAAAAAAAAGUGCCACUGAGGAACAAGCCAUGUGAAACAAUUUUGUUUGGCUUACUCAUUUACUGAUCUUUACUUGAAUUUCUAUUCUUUUCCCUGUUUGAAUUAGUGGCAGUUUUGAUAAAGAACAAUAGGCAACACUGUUGUCGGCACAGUCUAAAUCACUGCAGAAUGAUCUGUCUGGGUUUGCUGCAGACAUGCUGUUGUCCGUCUUACCAGCAGAGGGAGACAGAUACAACAAAGUUAAGCUGGUAGGCUCGAAAAGAGCUUCUUCUUCGACUGUCUGCUGGGUUUGUUUUUGUUUGUGUUUUUUUUUAUUUUUUUUUUGAUACUGCAUUUAUUUUACUUAAUCCCACUGCCUAAUACUUUGCAUUUAAAUGUAGUUUUAUUUAUUAGAUGAAUGCGGAUUGCAUUUGCUGAAUGUAGUUUACUGUUUUAUGAUGCAUCUGUUCUGCCUACAGAAAGUUCUGUUGCUGUCAUUUCUGUAACCAUGCAAGACUGACCCAGGGAAUUAAAGGCUUAUUUAAGCUUUU